UCAGCCUCCCCCCGCCGGGCUCCGUUCGGCUCAGUCCUCCAGUCGCCGCUCGCUCCAUGGCCGCCUAUAGCAAGUACCUGACCGCGCGCCAUUCCGUGGUGGCCGGCGCGGCCGCCUGCGUCCUGCUCUGCCUGCUCAGGAAGCGUCGGAGAGCGGCUGCCAAGCACGGUAAGAAAAAUGAAAAACCAACAUUGCAGAAUAAUGAGAAAGAAGGAAAGAAAGAGCGAGCAGUUGUGGACAAAGUGUUCGUUGCAAGAAUUUGUCGAAUCCUGAAAAUAAUGGUCCCUAGAACAUUUUGUAAAGAGACAGGUUAUUUGAUACUUAUUGCCGUUAUGCUGAUAGUGCGCACAUAUUGUGAUAUUUGGAUGAUUCAAAAUGGAACAGUUAUUGAAAGUGCUAUCAUUGGUCGCAGCAGAAAAGAUUUCAAGAAGUACUUGUUCAACUUCAUCGCUGCCAUGCCUGCUAUCUCCCUGGUAAAUAAUUUUUUGAAGUAUGGGCUAAAUGAACUUAAACUUUGUUUCCGAGUAAGACUCACCAAAUACCUCUAUGAGGAAUAUCUACAGGCUUAUACGUAUUACAAAAUGGGAAAUCUGGACAACAGAAUAGCUAAUCCAGAUCAACUGCUCACACAGGAUGUGGAAAAAUUCUGUAACAGUGUAGUGGACCUCUACUCAAACCUUAGUAAGCCAUUUUUGGAUAUAGUUUUGUAUAUCUUCAAGCUGACAAAUGCAAUAGGAGCUCAGGGUCCAGCUACCAUGAUGGCCUACUUGAUAGUUUCAGGCUUUUUCCUGACGCGUCUAAGGAGGCCCAUUGGCAAGAUGACAAUUGCUGAACAAAAAUAUGAAGGGGAGUACAGAUUUGUCAAUUCCCGGCUCAUUACAAACAGUGAAGAAAUUGCUUUUUAUAAUGGGAAUUUAAGGGAAAAACAGACGAUUCACAAAACCUUUCAUAAACUGGUGGAACAUUUGCAUAAUUUCAUCUUGUUUCGGUUUUCUAUGGGAUUCAUAGAUACUAUCGUUGCCAAAUACCUAGCUACUGUGGUUGGUUACCUGGUCGUUAGUCGUCCAUUUCUGAACCUAGCUCAUCCUCGCCAUCAAAAGAGUACCCAUUCAGAACUCCUGGAGGAUUACUACCAAAGCGGAAGAAUGUUGUUGAGAAUGUCUCAAGCUCUGGGCAGAAUAGUCCUGGCAGGCCGUGAAAUGACCAGAUUGGCUGGCUUCACAGCUCGAAUUACAGAAUUAAUGCAAGUACUAAAGGACUUGAACAGGGGCAGGUAUCAGCGUACUAUGGUAUCGCAACAUGAAAAAGAUGGCGAUAGAACCCAAACUAUUCCCUUGAUACCUGGGACUGGAGAAAUUAUCAACACUGAUAAUCUUAUCAAGUUUGAUCAUGUUCCAUUAGCAACGCCUAAUGGGGACAUUUUGAUUCGAGACCUUAAUUUUGAGGUUCGGUCUGGUGCAAAUGUUCUGAUUUGUGGACCAAACGGAUGUGGGAAGAGUUCACUUUUCCGUGUUCUUGGCGAGUUGUGGCCUCUGUUUGGUGGAUGUUUAACCAAGCCUGAGAGAGGAAAGCUUUUCUAUGUUCCUCAGAGACCAUAUAUGACGCUAGGAACUCUCAGAGACCAAGUCAUAUAUCCAGAUACUGUAGAAGACCAGAGGAAGAAGGGGAUAUCUGACCAGGUGCUGAAGGAGUACUUGGAUAAUGUCCAGUUGGGUCAAAUCCUGGAACGUGAAGGUGGCUGGGAUAGUGUUCAGGACUGGAUGGAUGUGCUCAGCGGAGGAGAAAAACAGAGGAUGGCAAUGGCAAGGUUAUUUUAUCAUAAACCUCAGUUUGCAAUUCUGGAUGAAUGUACAAGUGCUGUUAGCGUUGAUGUAGAAGGCUACAUUUACAGUCAUUGCCGGAAAGUUGGCAUCACUCUCUUCACUGUCUCUCACAGAAAGUCCCUCUGGAAACACCACGAUUUUUACCUGCACAUGGAUGGUAGAGGAAAUUACGAGUUCAAGAAGAUAACUGAAGACACAGUUGAAUUUGGAUCUUAAAAUCCAUAAAGCUGCAACUACUACAAAGACUGAUCAGAGAACAUGUAGAAAGGAAAAACACAUAGCAAGAUAAAACUACUUGGCUUGUUUUUAAACAAAUUAACUAGGUAUAGGAUAAUCCAAAGCAAGCUAUUAAGCAUUUAUUAUUAUGUAGGAUAUUGCUAAUUCUGUAUAUGUUGGUUUAAUUAUUAAUAUGUACUAAGAAUGUCCUUAUUCUUGUGGUUAAAAACCUGCCUAAAUUAAAUUGGGCUUAAAUCAAUAUAACCUGAUUCAUCCUGGGAUGUAAACCAUUUGAAGUCAGCUGAUUUGACUUUUAUGGACCUUCCUUUCCUUCAGUGAAGAACUCUGCUAAAAUUAGGGUUACUGCCUCUCCUGUUUCUGGCAACAAUUCUGGAUUUUCACUAUUUAGUCUAUGCAUACUUCUGGAUUAUCUCAUAUGAUGCAGGAUGUCCUCCACUUUUCAUAGCUAUAUCCAGCUAUCCUGUACAGUGCCAGACCUGGGUAGAGGCCAAGUUUUGUGAUGGGUGUUGUAUGUGCACCAUUUAUGGUGCAGGAUGGACUGAAUCCAAGAUGGCAGGAGCCUAAUUCCCUCUGCUGUUAAAGAGAUUAGACCUGAUCCACUGUGGAUCCCUAGACCUUUUCAGCCUGUCGGUCCACAGCUCUCCUGUGCUUCUCACUGUCUCCCAUUCUUCCCCCAUUCAAUAAAAGUAGUGCUGAACUGUGUUCUCCUCCUCUCCCAGAAAAGGGAGUGGAAGCAAAUGGGGAGAGUUGGGAAGAAAUUGAGAUGGAAGGGAACUAAAAAAAAAAAAUAGUGGUGAAAAUGGUAUUCUGUAUUCAGGGGUCAGGGUCCUUGAAUAUUUUUCAUUUGGAGUUGCAUAGACACACUUGACAACUCUGGGAAGUUGAGGAGUAUGUUUUUAGUUCCCACAGCAAUAGUGGAGGAGGGAGAAUUAUUAAAGGACAAAUCUGCCUAUUGAAGUCAGAGGAGUUUUGCCACCGACAUUAAUGGGAUCAAGAAUUGGGCCCAAAGUGUAUCCUUCUAAAACACUUAGCAUCCCUCCUUGAAAGCAAAAUUUUGUUGCUCUCAGUAGCAGACUUUCACUUGUCCUCUUUGCUCCCAUUCCUAGGAUAUGUGGUGGUGGUCUUCCAUCAGAGUCCUCCUUUGUCCCUCUUGUUAAAAUAGGAUUUUCCCUGUCCAGCUGCUUUAUAGGUUUGGGUUUUAAGAGGGAGUGAUAAUGAUGGUAGCCUCUGUUUUGCUAUCCAUUUUUUUAUGUGAUGUCUGGGAUGCCACAUCUCAAAAUUCAUCAAAAUUUGACUCCAUAUCCUGAGGGUUUUUUAGGCAAUUUUAAUGUAAAUUAGUAAAUGAUAUGACAAUGGUCCUCAGACAGUGGUCCGUGGACCACUAGUCCAUGGAGUGCUGGUUCUUUUAUUACAACUGCCAAAUCUCAUUAAAAGACAGCUAAAAAUACAUUAAAUACUUUCCUAAUAUUACUUUUCCAUGUAAACAAUUACUGUAGUUGCCACAUGAUUUUAAGUGAUCACAAAUGCUAAAAGAGAUGGUUUGUGUGAUCAGGAAUGGGAGGCUGGUGGUCCAUGAGACUGUGUAUGCUAUGAAAACAUUUAAAAAUCCCUGCCAAAUCCCUGCCAUACACUGAUGUUCUUUUGGUGGCUCUGUAGUGUUGCACACAUGAUGUAACAUAGGAAUGCACUACAUGAAGACAUGCACUAAAUACACAAUAAAUGUGAUCUCUGUACAUCUUUUAUCAAGGUUUCCUUUUUUUAUAAUCAAUAUACACCCGUGUGUUUAUCUUCCUCUUAGUGACUAAUUCAGCUCUGUGAAUACUGAAUACUACCUUUCGUAUUAAGAUUAUUACUUUUUAUUUUCCCCUUUUAUCUUGAAACUUAAACUUGAGGUUAUUACACUUCUUGCCCAUACCACUCACAAUAUUAAAAUACUCUGACAUAGCAGAAGAAAUGCUAGUGCCCUCAUGUCUUAGAACAGGUACCCACUGACAUAGGCAAUACAUUCAACAUGUUAAAUAGCAUCAGUGAAACUCCAAAAGGCAUGUGUUAGAAGCUUAACUGCAUCCAUGGAUCACCUGACACUAAAAUAAACUGUUUCAUUCCACAAGAUGGCAAAGUUAGCUUUUUUACCAGUUUUUAAUUCAAAUUCUUAAACACUGAUAUCAAACUAAUUUAUAGUGAAGCAAGUUGUGCUGCUAUACGUGAGAUUUUAGUGUUUUCAUGAUAGCCCUAUAUUUUCAGGGUUUACCAUAAUGGCUGUUUUGUGAAAGUUGGCACCCAAUUGCAAGUUUUUUUU